CAAAGACGUGGCAGAGAUACCCUCUCACUAAGCUCGUGGAAAUGUACACCGUGCGCGCCUUCGCCGCUGCGUAUCCGUUCGAAAAAACUAAUGUCAUCAUCAACAUGGUUGCGCCAGGCAUAUGCUCAACCGGCCUUGCUCAUGACACUUGAGUCCUCCUGAGGACAAUGCAGCGUAUCGUCCGUAUGUUAUGGGCGAGGACCGCGGAGGAGGGCAGUCGCACCAUUAUCCAUGCUGUGAUCGCGGAUGAGUCCACUCAUGGUAAACACUUAUCGGGGUGCGAAGUGAAAGAACACUGGAUAUCCCCAUCGAUGACUGAUGCUGAGGGUCAACGUACGCAGAAACAGAUAUGGAAAGAACUUGCUGCUUUGAUGGAAAGUGCCCAUCCAGGCUGUGCACCGCGAAUCUCUUAGACUUCUCUCAUGAUGUCAUAAUGGUUAUACAUAUGAGAAUCCAUUAUCUCGGU